AUGUUCGAGCCAACCCGCGGAGGUACAAGAGGCGGCGCUGGCGAGUUCAAGUGGUCAGAUGUCUCUGCAGACAAAGAUCGCGAGCACUACCUUGGCCAUUCUGUCAACGCACCAACAGGCAGAUGGCAGAAGAACAAGGAUGUCCACUGGUACAAUCGCGACAAGAAGCAGCCAGAAGACGAACGUAAUGCAGAACUAUUGAAGAUUAAAGAGGCGGAGAAAGAGGCCAUGGCUGCUGCACUUGGCUACGGUCCCUCAAAGCCCGCCGGAGACACGUCGACGACCGGUGCAAACGCCAUUCCCGUCGCUCCCAAGCCAGACCAAAACGACGACGAAGAUGAAAACAAUGAAGAAGAGAAAAAGCUGAGCAAAGAAGAACGCAAAAGACUCAAGGCCGAACGUAAACGUCUCAAAGAAGAACGGAAGCGCGAAGAACGCGAACGACGCGCCAUGCAAGCCGUCUCUUCGUCCUCUCGACAUCGCAACGACGACGACGAUAGGGACUACAGUCGGGACAGGCAUCGUCACAGCUACGAUCGUCGUGAGCGCUCUGGUGGGAGAACAAGGUCCAGGAGCGCAAGCCCACGUCGGGGCGAGCGAGAGUCAAAGCAUCGAAGGAGAGAUAGUCUGGGCCGUAAGCGCUCCCUCACACCCUUGGACGACCGGCCGUGGAUGAGCAGUUCUAAACGCGACGGGAAAGAGGACAGAGACUACACCGUCGAAGAUAUGGAACGCGAGCGCACUCGCGACCGGAGGCGAUGGGAGGACAAUCUCACCCGUCAGGAAACCGCGCGGGAAAAAAUGAGGAUGUGA